AUGCCGUCACAGGGAGGCCUAAUCAACACAACUGCCCUCGCAAUCCAGUACGACCGAGUAUUGCGAGACACGGCCGAGGAUCCUACAGCCGGGCUAUGGAACCGUCUCCUCAAUGAUAUCUUUGGCGCCGACAGCUGGAUUGUUACUCCUCAGAAACGCCAGGAAACCGGUAGGCGGCCGGACUUUGGUAUCGAGCGAUUCUGGCCAAACCAUGAGCCUAUCGACGUUGUCGUCGUCGAAGCAAAACCCCAACGUCAAUCUAUGUCGCAGGACCACUACGCAGACGAUCAGGUAUUAGAAUACGCAAAAAAUGCUCUCCAAAACGGCCAUAGAUAUCAACAGAAGAUAUUUGCUCUUCGGGUUGUGGGCACGUACGUGAUGGGAUUUAGGGUAACAAAGGCCAGGGAAAUAUUAGAACCACUGGCGUCUGAUUAUAUGGAUGCAAAGAACAACGCGGCGGCCAUAGUGCAGGUUUUUGAUAUUAUUAAGAACGCAGAUGUUUUCGACCCUAACUGA